GCAGUUGAGUGUGACGGGAUUAUGACAACAAGAACGACAAACAUCCUCGGGCAAGCGACGCCACCAGCAGACAUGGACUUCAGCGGCACCUGGAAAGUUUAUUCUGAGGAAAACCUCGAAGGGUUCUUAAAAGUAGUAGGUGCACCUGAAAUGGUUGUCAAAAUGCGAAAGGAAGUCAAACCGGUGCUGGUGAUCGAGCAGAACGGCAGAGACUUCACCUACACGAUGAAGACCCCCAUCUGCACCAAAGUCUACUCAUUCAGCCUGGGGAAGGAGUCCGAGAUGACUGCUGUGGAUGGCAGGAAGUUUAAGUGCACUGUCAGAGAGGAGAACGGGAAGCUGAUUGCUGAGACUGAAAAGUUCACCUCCGUCCGUGAGAUCCAAGAGGGCGACAUGGUUGAGACUAUCACUGCUGGCCCUGUAACUUUCAUCAGCAGGAGCAAACGCGUCUGAUCCACACCUGGCAGCUGAUGGGGCCUCUUAGAACUUCUCAGCUUCGAGCAGGGAGACAUGUGGAAAUGACAUGAUGGAAAAUAAACGUAAACCUUAAAAAAAAAGCUUCAAAUAUUUU